AUGGGAUUCUUUUCAUCUGGAGGUGGUGGAAAGUAUUUGUAUGUCAAAGUAAGCACUAUGGAUGCCGACCUGGAGAAAAUAACUAUGGAGCCAGACUGUACAGGACGACAGCUGUUUGAUACAGUUUGCAGGAUUAUCGGUCUAAGAGAGAUUUGGUUUUUUGGUUUGCAGUUUGUGAACAAAAAGGGGAUUCCAUGUUGGUUACAAAUGGAUAAAAAGAUAAUUAAGCAGGAAGUACCAAAGCAGGAGGAUAGUUCGAUGCAUCUCAUAUUUCUUGUGAAGUUUUACCCAGAAGAUGUUGAAGAGGAACUAAUACAGGAUAUAACGCGCCAUCUUUUCUUCCUUCAAAUCAAACAAAGUAUUUUAAGUAUGCAGCUAUAUUGCUCGGCCGAAGCAUCUGUUCUUCUUGCAUCUUAUGCUGUACAGGCGAUUCAUGGUGACUGUGUGGAGAGUUCGAAGUUGCAGUUAAGUGAAUUAUUGCCAGAAUGCGUAAUCAAACAGUAUGAUAUGACACCACAGAUGUGGGAAGAACGCAUCAAACGGUGGUGGAUAAAUAAUAGUGGACAAAGCAGGGAAGAUGCAGAAAUGGAGUAUCUACGAGUUGCACAGGAUUUAGAGAUGUAUGGAAUUCAGUACUACCCUAUAUGUAACAGUAAAGAAACAGAUUUAACGCUUGGUGUAUCAGCACAAGGAAUUGGAAUUUAUAAAGAAUCUAAUAGAAUUACACCACGGCCAUUCUUUUCUUGGAGCGAAAUCAAGAACAUUUCAUUCAAGAAUAAAGUCUUUAACAUGAGGACAAUGGACAAGAGCACGAUCACAUUUCGUGCAAAAGAUAUCUCUAUCAAUAUGAGCAUAUUAGAUUUGUGCGUUGGUACCCAUAAUUUAUACCUCCGAAGACGUCAACCAGAUUUGCUCGAAGUACAGCAAAUGAAAGCUCAGGCGAAAGAGCAGAGAAUUAGACGAAUUCAAGAACAAAAUCGUUUAUCUCGUGAGCGGGAGCAACGUAUGCAGGCAGAAGCGGAACGAGACCGAUAUAAAAAUGAAAUAGCUGCAAUUAAUGAGCAACUACGUAACAUGAAGGAAGCUAUGAAGAAAACCGAAGAAAAUGCGCAUUUGAUGGCAGAAAAAGCGCGAGUAUCGGAAGAGGAAGCUCUCGUACUAUCAAAAAGAGCCAGCGAGGCUGAAGCAGAAUGCCAGCGUAUGAAACUUUCACAAAUCAAGGCAGAGGAAACGAAAAUGUCUCUGGAGCGGAAAGCACGUGAUGCCGAACUUUGGGCUCAUCGUUUAAUGUAUGAAACAGAACGUCAUGGUUACGAUCCGUAUUUGUGCCGUGCACAUUUAUAUGACUCUGAAUCGAGCAUCAUUGUUUGUAAAGAAAGAAGCAUUGUCGAUCCAUCAAAUAAUUGUCCAUCAUCCGAUCCAUCAAGUAACUGUCCACCACCCGAUCCAUCAAGUAAUUGUCCACCACUCGAUCCAUCAAGUAAUUGUCCACUACCCGAUCCAUCAAGUAAUCAAAUAGUACCAAAUGAUCUUUUGUUUUUAAAGACAGAAAUUGAAAAAUCCAGGUGUCUCGAAGAUUGGUUAUCAGCAUACGCUUUACCUGUCCCCCAGCGUUACAUCAGUCAUCAUCGUUUGGUGUCAUCGUCAAGCAGUGGCGAUGGUGAUUACGUGCAUUAUUUGGAUGACGAUCCAAACUUUACCGCUACUGUCACACCGAUUAUUAAAACACAGCCAUCAUUGUUUAUAAAGAAACAAGCAUUACUGAAUUGUCCGCCACCUGAUCCAUCCAGUAAUCAAAUGAUGCCAAAUGAUCUCUUGUCUUUACGGACAGAAAUUGAAAAAUCCAGAGCUGACUAUAAUGAAAAGAAAAAAAACCUCCAAGAAAUUAUGACGGAAUUUCGGAAUGAAAUUGAGAGUCUAAAGGUUGUGGAUCGCCAGUCAGAACAUGAUCGAAUUCAUGCAACCAAUGUACAAAUGGGUAUUGAUAAGUAUUCCACACUGAGAAAGAGCGGUGCUGGAGCAACGAAGACUCGCGUGCAGGUGUUUGAUGGGCUAUAA